AUGGUCGUAGCAUCGACUAACCCAAACGAGGUGCUACCGUGGCUGCAAACAUGUGUUUCCUCAACGGCGGCAUCGGCUGUUUUCGAUCGGCCACCUGUGGACCAGUGGCCUGCGUAUGCCAGCUGGAGUCAGCUGGAAGAAGGUGCACUGCUGAAUGCGUUCAUGACCCACGCUGUGGACCUUUCCAAGGAGUGUGUGUCAUUGAAGACGGGUGGUGGCAAUACAUCUGCAGACCAAUGCCUUUCUCGAGUUGGUGAACUUUCUGAAGCUGUUGUUCGGAUUAAGGAGACAUUUGGCACGGUUGAGGAGCAGAAGGAACGAUGGGCAUCCUUUUGCGAUGUGAUGAGCGGAUUCGUGGACAACAUCGAGACGUUGCGGAGAUACCUGUUGCCCCUGAAUGAUGCCACGGGGGAUGAACUGGUGAAUCAGGCUCUCUUCCAGGCCGGCGUGAAGGUGGACUCGCUUGUCAAAGGUUUCUCACCAGCCCGUGCGGCCUACCAUGAUAUGAUGAGCUUGAUGGCUGUGGUCGGAUUGAUAAAAGUGUUGUCGGGCAAGCGGUUGGAGCGGGCUGUGGCAUGCGGUGAAGCCGUUCCCAUCAAAACCCGCGCCAAUCUUGAGUCUAUCCUGUCGAGCAGCAAAGAACAAACCCUGACAGUCCCAGGUGAGGCCAUGAUUCAUGAUUUCGAUUCGAUUCGAGACUGUGAAGCCAACCAGAAGCAGUACGAAGAGAAGUGGGCAGAGUGGAGGAGCAAUUGGAAGGCACAGGCCGCCAAAGACCCGGCGAGCUCAGCGUCGACUAUGCCGCUGAUGAAUACCAGCGAUGCACCGGAGAAUGCCGAUGCUGAGACUGUGCCCAGUGAGUCUUUGACUUUGCCUUUGACUGUGCCGAUGCAGUGCGACGGCAAUGAUCAGCCGCCAGCGGAUGCUGCUGAGUUCAAUGAUGAGCCGCCUGUAGACAUAGAUGCAGACGGCAGGUGCGAUGACGACCAGAAUCGACAGUGCGGCGGCAAUGAUCAACUGCCAACGGAUGCUGCUGAGUUCAAGGAUGAACAGACCGACGACAAAGCCUCUCAGUCCAAAGCUGGCGCAAAAGCGGACGAUAUGGGCGACGACUCGUUGGCUGGAGAGUUGUCAGAGUUGAUUGAAGCUGAGUACGGCACUGUGCAAGACAGUGAUCCGGACCGAGAGCUUCAUGAAUCGGAAUCGGUCCCCAAGACUCGCGAUAGUGGGACCAGUAGUGAUGUCGACAAGGACCAGGACGAUGACAACUCGAUGACUUUUAGCGACAACAAUGACGUCAACGAGCCCGACCAGGAGCACGUGAGCUACAGCUCCCACAGCUUCCCACCGCCACCGACGAGCAAACACCCGGUAACAGAUGUCGCGAUCAACCAGAUCCAACGCGUGUUUGGCAGUGCGGCUUCCCAUCUGGACGACCAUGCGAGCUUCGCAAAGGCGGUUUACAAUCAGGAAUCAUCGACGUAUCAGACUUUCCGUGCGGUCUUGGAAACGUUGUACGCGAUCGAAACAGAGUUCUUCAUACUCGAAAAUGUGGACAUGACGACCCCCGAUGACUUCACCGCGGCUGGCGACGGCAACUUCGAAAAUGUGAUGCAAAGCUUGCGCCAACAAGGCUUCGCAGUCAAGGCUUAUCGGAUGCAGAGCUCCGACUACGGCGUUCCACAAAGGAGAAUCAGAUUGUUUUUCGUAGGAUUCAACAAGAAGUUGCAUCCGAAUCCGAAAUUCGACAACAUUGCGAAACGGCUACAUGGUCUGAAGCUGAAGUGUCAGCCACCGGCAGACUUUUUGUUGCCCGCCGAGAGCUCGGUGGUGACGGGGGAGAUCAGUCGCCGGGAGUUUGCGUUGGCAAAGGCAGAGGUCCGCGCGGAGAACCGCAAGGCCAAGAAGGAGACAAAGGACAAGGAGAAAGACAAGGACCAGGACGAUGACGGCAUCGAGAAGGAGUUCAGCAAAUGGAAAGGCGUGCACAUGGAAUUGGCUGAAAAACGCUCCCUGGUUUGA